AUGGAGUUCAACAGAGAAAGUGAAGUGCGUGAGCUGGAGAGAAAAUUCAAUGACUCAAUAGAGCUGUGCGAGGUUGCACAAACAGAAAAGACGAAGGGCCGUGCAAAGAGCCCUUUUAAUGUAAAGUAUGAAAGCACAAGGGACGAAAAGAUCCAUACAGUAGAGCAGGAAAUGUUUCGCCUGAAGGAGAUGCAGAGCAAGGUCCUGGGGAUGCAGGAGACUCUUGAGGGUGCCUUUGGGAAAGAGGCAAAAAAAAUGAAAGAAAAAGAAAUAAAAGACCUCAGAAACAAGUACAAAGUGCGGGUGCUUGAGAUUGAGGCAAUGUACAAAGAGAAGGAGAAAGAGUUAAAGAGAGAGUAUGACCAGAAGCUAGAGAAAGUCAUGCAGAAAUUGAAGGAGAAGGUAAAGGAGACAAUCAAAAUAAAAGUUGCAGAGGAGGUGCAGGAUAUAAAGAAAACAGUUGAGAAAAAAGUGCUUGAAGCGAAGUUAAGAGACAAAAAUGUAAUUGAUAAACUGUCGCAGAUGUACAUAGACUUAAAGGAGAAAUAUAAAAGAGACAUCCAAAAAAUACAGGAAAAUAACCGCCAAUAG